AGUCCACAUGACCAUUAAUUUCGGCGAAACAGUUGUCGAUACAUGUGCAUUGCAAAAGCCCCCAGAAUGCCCUGUUCAGUGAAGCUGCGAAGGAUACAAAACUCUCAAUACAAUUUGCUUCUCAGCAGCUUGCAGGCUGCUUCCUCUCUGAAAAUAUGUAAUUUGUAGAGCGCAAUCUCUGUUUCCGACUGAGAACGUUGAGCACUCUGCCUUGUCUGGAGUCAAUUCAUCUCCUCACGGACUUCGAGCAUUGACUUGUAAACGCUUCGUACAGGGAAUCUCAACAGACGCAGCUUCCGUGAUCUCAUCAAAAUUUCGUGUCGAGAAGACAGACAAGUUUGAUUUAAUGGACGUCGUUUUGGACAUGGGCAACGACAGGGCCCCGAUUGAAAUCGCUAGAGCGGUGAUAACAAUCGUAGCCAUUUGUGCAACAUUCUUCAUGGCCUCGGACUACGCAACAAUGGCAGCCCGAUUCUGCUAUAGACUGUAUGCGGGAGAGGAAUUAGACGUGAUUACAAUAACUGAUCCUUAGAAUCUAUUGUUGAUCGAUAUUAUAGUUUGCGCGAAGUGCAGAUAAUUGUGAAGAGUUCCGCAGCAACUUUGCUCGAGCUUCCUCCAAGGAGAGUCCAUUUAGUACUGUAAUUAUUGUGAAGUCGACCACCUCAGAUGGUCAUCACCAGGUCAUCACUGAAGAUGCGCAUUGCAUCACGUUGUACACAAGUUUCAUCAACGAAAUUAGAGUUCUCGUUAUGGGACCAGUUCAGAGUGCAAAAUUGUCUUUACAGUUUCCAACUUGUUGUACCAACAAUCUGGCUCGGUAGAAGAAGCUAUUUCACGUCCGUUCGACUGGUAGGAGGAGCACUGGUCAUGGAGACUGGUCGUUGCAUCGAAUCCAUCAUCGACGAGGCUUUCGACG